GUAAAAUUUUGUUUACACGUACACGCCAACAUCGUUAAAAAAAUGAAAUAAAUGGUGCUAAUGUUCUUCAAUUAUAAAAUGGCAGAAUUUCUUCCGUUAUGUGACGUCUUGUUCAACAUCAUCUCACUUACCGUGUACUUUUGCAAUGUUGUGUUCGAUGUCGUCCUGUCGUGGGCCCUUUUCGACCGAAAUUACAUUUCCUACUUCGUUUUGACGCUUCUCACGAUCUUUUUUUCGCUCGUUAUCACGCAAAUUGUGUCGUUACGAUGGUAUUUACGCAAACAAAAGACUGAAGACAACAACCGACAAAUUGUCGUCGCUUCCUCGAACCCAAAUCCAGCGUCACAGGAGAAAAAUCCCGAUGUCGCUGAGAAAGAUCAGCUUGCCAUGUACUUCCGUUACGCCGUAAUUGCAUGUCAUUGCACCGGAAUUGGUAUUUUUUGGCGUUACGCGAAGUUAUUUAUCCCUGUGAACUUGCGAACGGUCAAACACGAAGUACGGGAUUUGUGUAUUUUGCGACUUUUGCACGCUUUUUGUCAAGGAGCACCCAUGUUACUGUUGCAACUUCACAUCUACAUCACAAUUCAGCAAGACGAAUACCUUGAAACGAUCAAACUUGAAGCACUGAGCAACCAAUUUACGACGCCUUUUGUGCAGGAAUCCGCAGUUGUGCAACACCAAAGCAAAGCUUUCAAAGAUUUGAACAUAGUAGCGGCGGGAUUGUCACUUUUUAGCAUUUGUUGGGCCCUGGCGAGUUUUAGUAAACAUGUGAGACUUCAAAAUGUGCAUCGUUUAGUGCUGACAUGGCUCGGAGUGAUUUUUCAAUUCUUAUGGCGACUUGGAACAGUGACGUCACGAGUUGCUUCCUUGACAGUUUAUUCGAGCAUUUACGGAUAUUGGAUUCUUUUGGUGAUUGCCUUCCAUUGGGGAUCAAUGCUCAUUUGGUUGUUUAUGUCGAAAAAGGGACUUUAUUACGGCGAGCAAGUGCCGGGAGUGAGAAAAGUUGUGAUGACGGUCCUGAUUUCGUUUAUUUACAACUUUGCGUACAUUAAUUUGCAAGAAAAUGGACACAAACAGAAAAUGACGACGUUUUAUACGGUAAUGUUCUUGGAAAAUUGCUUUCUAGUCAUGCUAUGGAGUGUGGGAAUUUGGAUAAAUAGACCUGCGGGAUGGUAUAAUGUGCCGAUGCUGGUCGUCGGAUCGUUUUUGUUUGGAUUGACUUUCAUGUUGAUCUAUUAUCGAUAUUUUCAUGUUCAACGCUUGGAAUACGAGUCAGGAGGUCGCCUACCAACACUCGAAAAGAAAAAAUGCAAUCAUCAAUCAAAUUUGUGUAAAUGCACGGAAUCCAUCAAAAACAACAAAAAAUCCGUUUCAACAUCAAACAACGGACUGAAAUACCCUCAUGCCAUUCCGGGAGUCUUCAAUUGUCGCUUCACAAAUCCCGUAAAUGUCUCAACAGGCAGAAAAAAGAAGAAACCCACAACUUUUGUGCCUCCUCCCUCAGCUCCCGUAUCAAAUACGACAACAACUGACGGUCCCAUGGCUGUUCCUUUUUGGAAACGAGCCCUACCGCGUUCGCACACCGGCAAUUCAAGCGAAAAUGACACAAGCAGUAUGAGUUCCCGUUUCAAUAUUCAACAAAAAUUACAGGAAAAAAAGCAAAAACAACUCGCCGAACUGAAAAUAAUCGAAGAAGAAAUCAAACAAGGGAAGUUAACGGGACCCAAAACAGGAACAAUGAGUUCAAACGAUGAUCAGAAGACUUCUUUACCGCGACAACAUCAACCGAUCCCGCGAAAUAAGAAACAUGUUGACAUUCCGCCGAUCAAUUGGAGUCGCGCAAGUCCCGAUUUCACGCAAGAUUACGCAAAUAUCACGAAUUACGAUCAAAUUUACUCGUUUGGAUUGAACCAAUUGAACACAUUAGCAACUUUAGUGAAGAAUAACGACUCAAGUCGACAUGCAUCGCCAGCUACUGUCAUCGAAAAUAACUCGUUAACACGUCAAAUGGCGCCAAAAGCGAAAAUGCCUCGAAAUGGAGCGAUCACGAACAUUUGCAAUCAACCGCCUUCCAUAAGUCCUCGGAAUACAGCAGUGAAGAAAAAUCGCCCAUCGCCUUGUCCGAUGAUUCCGUUCGCCACGGAGCAAACUGUCGUGAAUACCGGAAGUCAAGGACGCUCUCAAAAGACGAAAUUACAAGCAAAUCGCGCAAAAACACAAACUCCCGAAGUUUUGCUGUCGCCGCAUUACUUGGAAAAUAGUCGCGUGUACUACGAUUGGAUGGGACGCCAACAACGAGAGCAAUCAAUGUACACUUUGGCGGAAAAUGGACGAUAUAUGGGCGCAAGUAGUGAUGAAGAUGCUCAUAAUAUGGAUCCAACGGCGCAUUCUGACAUCGAUAGUCAAAUAUCUUUGCCGCGAUCGUACACGCUGCCACGCGAAUUCAAGUAUUACCGCAAAAAUCGGAGACAAAAGUCGCUCAAAAAUAACAUUCAAAGCACCAAUAGCAGUGAUGGUGACGUCGAUAGCGGCGACGAACAAGACUCCGAAAUGGAAACGCAACCUCAUAGGAACGUAAAUUACUCAACUACACGACAAGUGACGAAUUUUGACCUUUUAAAUGGACAUGCAGUGCCAUCCCACAGACCUUCUAGAUUUAGAAUUACUAAUUCCAGUGGCUUUCGACCAUAUGUAAGCUCAUCAAACAACGGCGCAAAGCAAGAAUCUAAUCUCUAAUUGAAUUCUCCUUUCUAAUUUUUUUUUAAAUUUAGAUUUAGUUUAUUUUUAAUUGAUUUUUUUGUA